CAGUCGCGUCGCGUCGCUCGCGUGCAGUGCAGUCGGGGUGUUGCUGCACAGUACUGCACCACAUUUGUAAGUGCACACUAGUGCGCGUCCAUAGGAUUAAAUAUCCUCAUCUGGAUCACAAACUUCUUUCAGCAUUGGGAGGGCAGCGAUAUUUGACACUUAGUGGCGCAGAACCACUGCAAGAGACGCAGCGUCAGUAUUACACACGUGAAGCAUGGCCCCUGUCAUAUAUCACAGCGCAUCAUUUCAUGGAGAAAAAGAAAUAUUUGAGUCAGGGUAGUUAAAUGAGAAGACAAUGGACAGCCGGACCGAGAAUCCGACGAAGGCAGCGGGCUACCUGAAAGAGCUGAAUAAGAUAAUCGAGACGCAGCAGGCGCUGCUGGAGCGUCAGAAGAUGCGCAUCUUUGAGCUGGAGCAGCAUGUGUCUGACCUGUGCGCGGAGAACAGCCGCCUGAAACACGAGUACCAGCGGCAUCUGCUCACCUGCAGACUGCGAUCCAUUCAAGAAAACACCGCACAACAACAGUCAGAAUACAACAGUCCAAGAAUCAUCAGAAGACAUGCGUCUCUGCCUGUAGAAACAACAAGUAAUCCCGGUAUGCUCCGAUCAGCUGUGUGCCGGAGAACUGCUCCAUGUCGACAGUGGAAAUCUGCAUCAUUCGGUGUGGAGGGGGAUGUUCAGAGCAGUGAGCCUGGCCCUUCAUUGGACAACAGUACAGGAUAUGGCCGUGGCCCUGUGACACACAGUUCUUCCUUGAGUCCGGACCAGUUUGACAGCUCACUGUAUGGCCAGACCAUCCAUCCAGGCCCACAACGACCUCAGAGACCCAAACUCCAGCACUCACAGUCUAUCCUCCGCAAACAGGCUGAAGAGGAGGCCAUAAAACGCUCGCGUUCCCUCUCUGAAAGCUAUGAGCUCUCCACAGACCUACAGGACAAGAAGGUGGAAAUGCUUGAGCGAAAAUAUGGAGGCCGUUUCAUAACUCGCCAUGCUGCUCGCACCAUCCAGACAGCUUUCCGCCAAUACCAAAUGAACAAGAACUUUGAACGUCUUAGGAGUUCUAUGUCGGAGAACCGCAUGUCCCGCAGGAUCCUUCUGUCCAACAUGAGAAUGCAGUUCUCUUUUGAUGGACCUGAGAAAGUCCACAGCUCCUUUUUUGAGGGGAGGCACAUGUCUCUCAUGGAUGAUACCAGCCAAGUAGGAGCCAUGAUGCAAGCUAGAGAGAAGGUUCCUGCCAUUUUGGAAGCCCCAGAAUCUCAAAGCGAUUUAACGGAUACCAUCACAGAACUGGAGGAUGCUUUCUCCAGGCAGGUGAAGUCAUUGGCGGAGUCCAUUGAUGAUGCACUGAACUGUCGAAGUCUGCACAGGGAGGAAGUCCAACCUGAGCAGGCGGUUUAUCCAGAGGACAUGCAAAAAGAAGAUGAACUUCCUCACCCUGAGGUCUGCGAUGUGACGCUCUUCAUCAAUGAAGAGGAGCUCUCUCCACCCGUUCAGCCUUCCUGCUCUGUUGAGCAGCCGUCCAGCAUGGAAUAUGAGCAGCACACCCAGUCCAUCAGCUCCUCGCAAGAGUACUGGUCCAUGGACGGCAAAGAUGACAAGGUGGACACAGACAUUAGCUGCAGGAGCACUCCGUCCCUUGAAUGCCAGGAGCCUCAGCCCUGUAUGGACAGUUUACCCCUGCUGACCAUAGAGUCACCCAUUAACAGCUCAGUGGACAUGAGCGAUCACUCUGAACGGGGUUCAGUCAAGCAAAAGGACAUUCACCCACAGACUGUAGCAGGUACACAGGCCAGUUCCAAGAACAUCUCACAUGGACUACCUCCCAGCGUUCCCUCACUUUCUCGAGACGAGGAACCACUUAGACACCGGCAAGUGGAAUGUCACCUGGCCACCAACAGCAACCGGCAGAGCAAGUCAGAGUCAGAAUUUUCAGAUGGGGAUAAUGACAGUAUCAACAGCAAUUCAAACUCAAAUGACACAAUCAACUCAGAGGCCUCAUCCAGAGACAGUUUGAGAGAACAGGCUCUCAGCAAACAGACGUACCACAAAGACACUCGCAAUAGCUGGGACUCGCCGGCGUUCAGCAGUGACAUCGUCCGCAAGAGACAGUACCGCAUUGGACUCAACCUCUUUAAUAAAAAGCCAGAGAAGGGCAUACAGUACCUGACGGAGAGGGGUUUUAUUCCCGACACGCCCGUGGGUGUCGCCCACUUUCUUUUACAGAGGAAGGGUUUGAGCAGGCAGAUGAUUGGGGAAUUUCUCGGGAACCGGCAGAAACAAUUUAACAGGGAUGUCUUAGAUUGUGUGGUGGAUGAGAUGGAUUUCUCAGGGUUAGAGUUGGAUGAAGCUCUGCGUAAAUUCCAGUCUCAGAUCCGUGUUCAGGGUGAAGCACAGAAGGUGGAGCGAAUGAUCGAAGCGUACAGUCAACGCUACUGCAUCUGUAACCCUGACAUCGUCCGUCGGUUCAGAAACCCUGACACAAUGUUCAUCCUGGCGUUUGCCAUCAUCCUCCUCAACACCGACAUGUACAGUCCAAACGUCAAGAUGGAGCGCAAGAUGAAGCUUGAGGACUUUAUCAAGAAUCUACGAGGUGUGGAUGAUGGAGAAGACAUCCCUCGUGAGAUGUUGGUUGGGAUUUAUGAGCGGAUCCAGAAGAAGGAGCUGAAGACGAAUGAAGAUCACGUGUCACAGGUGCAGAAGGUGGAGAAACUCAUUGUGGGCAAGAAACCAAUUGGAUCACUUCACCAUGGCCUUGGAUGUGUGUUGUCUCAGCCUCAUCGCAGGCUGGUGUGUUACUGCAGACUGUUUGAAGUUCCAGAUCCAAACAGACUGCAGAAACUUGGCCAGCAUCAGCGUGAGAUCUUCCUUUUCAACGACCUUCUGGUGGUUACUAAAAUCUUCCAGAAGAAGAAGAACUCUGUGACAUACAGUUUCAGACAGUCUUUCUCUCUGUACGGGAUGCAAGUCAUGCUCUUUGAGAAUCAGUUCUAUCCAAAUGGUAUCCGGCUCACUUCAGCUAUUCCCGGUGCAGACUUCAAAGUCCUGAUCAACUUCAAUGCUCCCAACCCUCAGGACCGCAAGAAAUUCAUCAGUGACCUUCGAGAGUCCAUCGCUGAGGUUCAGGAGAUGGAGAAAUACCGGAUAGAAUCUGAGCUGGAGAAGCAGAAAGGUGUGGUCAGACCCAGUAUGUCUCAGAGUAUGUCCGGUCUGAAGAAAGAGGCAGGAAACGGCACCAUCAACCGCACCAGUCUGGACGACACCUACACCAUGGGGGAGGGGCUUAAACGGAGCACGCUUAGUAGCUCCCUUCGGGACCUCUCUGAAGCAGGGCUCCAUCACUAGCAGUCCUCCUCUGUGCCAGAGACCCCUGUCCGCUCAGGAUCAGCCUCUUCCUGACAGACACAGCACUCCAAACACCUCCUCUCUCCUAGGGUCACUGUUCGGCAGCAGGCGGGACAGGCACCCUCCUCUUCCACCCCCCCACCCCAGUCAACCCACUCUCAUCUGCCAUACACUACACCCAUUUAACCUGCACCACACCGCCCAGCCUCACGGCCACCACUCACAGCAAUGUCACCCUCCACCCUACCAGCACCAGCCGCAGGCGCGCGGGCAACAUGGGCCACCUCUCUUCAGACGUUCACACACACACAAGCACAUGAGCAGCACAAACAAACACUGUGCCAUCAGCACGCUGGUGUGAAUGGACACAUAAUGGGCAAACUCAUCAACACCCCAGCCAAUGCCUAGCGAGGCGAGUUGAGCGACAUAUCCGUACAAACUAUAUCUGUCUGUUCAUUUAGGACACUUUUAAUAUUUUGUUGAUGGGUGAAUCUCUCAAAAACAAAUCCAGCUUAUAAUUAACCCCAAUAUCAAAAGAAAAUUAAACAAAUUAUAAUUAGCAUAAAGAAAAUCAAACCUAUUUAUAUUGAGAUUUUUGCACUUUGACAUAAUUUGUAUGACAAUUGAACACAAUUAACCCCAAAUUUCCAUUAACAUUACAUGACAAAUGUGUUGUUAUUUUACUGUAUCACAAUGUAAUACAAUUAUUUAUUUAAAUGAGUAUGAAUAAAAGGCAGCACAAUACAUACUGCCAUACUGCAAACAUAUAAUAUGUAAAAUAUAAAUAAAAAUUAAAUCUGUAAAAUGUAAAUAAUAUAUCCAUGUAACGAUAAUUAUUGUAUCAAAUGGUGAUUCUCUCAAAACCUGUCAAGAUUUUUAAAAAUGAUUAUUUGUAUUGACAGGUUUCGUCAGUAUCACCCCAAAAUGCAAAAAAUCUCAAUGGUCUCAAUUAAAUAUUUUCAUAAAUAUGACAAAUAUAAUUUGUUCUUUUUAAAUGUUUUUAUUUUGAUCAUGUUAUUGACAUGUUUUUUAAGAUUCACCCCUACAGAGGUUAUAUUUAUGAAUAUAUAUAUAUAUAGUAUGUUUGCUUGUGUUAGAACAUUGUAUUUUUGAGACUUACAUUCACACUAGCAGAGAGUAGACAUUCUAAUGCUGUAUUUAUAUUGGAUGACAGAUAUAUACAGUAUGUUGUCUUAGCAAUCAUAAAUUAAUGUGCCAAUGACCAUUUUAUAUUAACUCAUCAGUGUGUAGGACAGUAGUAACCCAUUGUUAACGAAAAGCAAUGUUAUAGAAUACUGUACAAAUGUAUUCAUAUAUUUUUAAGAACAAUAUCUCAGUCAGUUUGAGUCAAGGUCAUAUGUAGAGAAGAGUGUUACUAGAAAAUGUACGUUGUGAUCUGAUAUGAGGGGAUUUCAGAGCACAAACGCAGUGUCAUGUGGCACUUUGACCUGCUAAAACACAGUAAAGAUGUACAGAGUAAGGUCACAAGAAAUAUAUCUAUAAACCAGGAAAGUCUUGUGUGAGGGAUGAAAGAAGAUGUAAAAUAUAAUUGCAUGCCUUUAACUGGAGUUACAACUUUUUCUUGAAGUUUUCAAUGAAAAUGAUGAACUCAUUUGCAUUUUUUAUACUCUUUAGUCUUUUCCUUUGGAGUUAUGCACAAGACUUCUGAGGGCAAGUGACUGAAUUAUUUUUCUAUGUAUUAAGGAUUCUUUUGUUUCUUUAUAAGUGCAAUAUGUUUGUCAUGAUGGUUAGAGCAUCAUUUUUAUUAUUCUUUCAUCAUAGUGGUGUUUGGACCAGUGUUUUUACAUUGAAGUGAUCGGCUAGGCUUUAACUGUGAUCUGCUAUUGUUGUUAUUGGUGUUUAUUUAUUAUUGGAAAUAAACCAGUGUUACCAUAGCAAUAAAGUGCAAUCAUGUAUAGAGUACUUUUUUUUUUAAAAAACACUUUUAAUUUUGUCUUUCAAUAACCAGGAGACCGUUUAUUGUCUUUUCAGAGUUGCAGGUGAAUAUUCUGCCAUAUUAUGCAAGUAUGCGUAUGUUUAGAGGGAUGUAUAUCUAUUAUUAGACUUUGGUUGGUGAAAUGUAGCAGAUGAAAAUGGUCUUUGUAAAAAGGAGUAUAAGCUGAAAACUGAAAAACAAUAGCAUUCAAUCAAGAUCUUUUCAGUAUGAAAGUUUCUUUGUUCAGAGCGCACAUGCACCUCAAACCAAGGCAUUAGGUCAAAUGUUUUGUUCAACAUAUCAUGGGUACAAUAUUCAUUCUUAUCUACUACAUAAAACUAAAAUGGACCCUGUUUACUUUGUACAUAUUCCUGGUCUUAUUGUGCACGAUUCAUCAGUGAACAUUAUUUUAAAGAAAUCUUCGUAAUCUUCUUUCAAAAUCACAUUCAUCAAGCCCUCUUAUUUUUAACCCCUCUCCUCAAACCACCUGCCAUAAAGAGAGCACUUUUCACUGUCCAAUCAAUCCCUCAUGGAUAAAUGCCCUGCAAUCAUUUUUUUCUCCUUUAAUUUUUCAGUUUCAUUGAUGUAAAAUGGGUUUGAAUGUUAUUAAAAAAAAAUGUAAAUGCUCUUUUUCAACUAUUUUUAUUUUGCAUAAAAUGUUAAUAGCUUAAGCAGAUAUAUUGGUUUGACACUGAUGAUACCCCAACAAUGCACUGAAGAUUUAAAUGCAUCAUCGUUCAUGUUUUCUCACUGUGAUCUGAGCAACACUCAACAGCCUGAAGUCUUUCUUUGUCUUGAAAUCUCUCUUUGCGUGUUUCAUCUUAGCUGUGUUACAUGUGGUCGAGCUGUUGUUGUGCUUCUGCAUUGCGUUGUGUGUUUCUACAGUGCUGCAUGCACAAUAUUCCUCUCAUGCAUUUCAAAGAUGAAAUAAAACUUUUAAUCAGCAUCUAAUUAAGUGGAGAGGUUUUGUACUGACACAUCUGACCAGAAAUAAAUCUAUUAGUGGAGCACGUGUGGAGAUCAUUGUGUAUAUAGUGUGUAUAGUUAACCGACUGCAUUAUAUGUUUAACUGAGUGUUGUGUGCAUCUGUUUUAAUGUGUAUCACUGAAACGGACUGUCGAAAUGUUUUGUCUGUGUGUUUGUCUCUUCACAGGCUGCUCUAUCACUCUGUCAAUGAAAUGCUCAGAGAAAUGAAAGAAUUUUAGAGGGAAUUCUUUUAUUUUGACAUUGUAGACAAGAGAAUGCUUUUAACUGGUGGUUUUGUUUUGUUUGUAAUGGUUAUCUUAAAGUCAAUGUACAGUCAAUGUAAAACCUCAACCGUGUUGAUGUUCAGAACACAAAAUAAAAUUAAUAUAUGAAACAUA